AUGAGCCGAGAAGAUGAUUCACAAGACAAGAGGUACGCAUAUUAUCAGCGCCUCCUGCAAACCGGACUAGCCCCUCAAGACGCACGGGGGGUCUACCAGCACAUAAUUCGAGUCUCCGAAACUGACGGCUACCGAAAAUUGCAAGACUUGCUUCGCAGGGCUCUUUUCAAAGAGACGAAGAAUCCGCUCUUCCAGCCAGUGCUGCAUUUGGUCCAGGCAAUCUAUGGAUUUUCUGGACUUUCCGAGUCUGACAAGAGCAGGUUGGCUGAAGAAUUCUGCAGUAUUCUAGGGACUCGACGUGGUUUUUGA